AAUAAUACCGAGACACAGACGCUGUUUUCUCAAAUUAUUUUUUAAAACGGACCAAUGAAAACCCAAAGUUGUAACAAUUUUAUUCCCCCGUUUUCAACCCCCUUAGGCUACAAACUGAUCUAAAGCGGCUGUUUUCAUCUGGUUCUGAGACAGUUUUGACAAAGCAGCAUGGCGAUGGCAAAUUCGUGUCGGAUCUGUGUUCCUCUCCAGAAACCAUGUCUUGUUCCCAAAUCUGUAAGAAGAACCACUUCGAUGCUUCAACAGAAGCGAUUACAGAUCAAGAAAGUGGAGGUUCUUUACCCUCGGCCUGUCAGAUUCUCCCCCAAGAACAAGGUUUUCGAGGAUCCAGUGCAAGGUAUUGUCUGUUACAGAGAUGAUAACGGCGAGAUCAUAUGCGAAGGCUACGAUGAAGGCCCUCGCUGUCUCCCACAGAUUUCAAGAAUAGCUUGUUACUCAAGAGAGGCAGAGAUUCUUGAUCUCCUGCAACGCAGUUAUCAACAGCUGAUAGAUUCGGGGAGGAAUCACCAACAGAUGCCUUCUCCGCAACAAGGGUUGAUGAUGAUCAAAUGGAGCAGCUUCAACCUCUUCUAGUUUACCUGAAACCAUCGAUUUCCUUUUCUGUGUUAAAUCUGUUCCCAUAAUGGCCUCAUGAAUAACAUAUUGUACAGAAAAGGCCGUGUGAAAAGAAGCAGACAUUUGCUUCUUUUGUAGACUUUCUGUAAGUUGUUUCACUUGUAAAAAGAAGGAACAUGAAGAUCCCAUCUGACAAAAGAUUUUUAAGACAAA